AUGGUGGUCCUCGCAGCUUCAAUAUGCACAAGAGGCGGCAAGGCGGUUGUCUCCCGCCAAUUCCGUGAGAUGCAGCGCUCACGCAUCGAAGCCCUCCUCGCAUCCUUCCCCAAGCUCGCCGAUAGCGGAACCCAACACACGACGUGCGAACAGGACAAUGUGCGCUACGUAUACCAACCCCUCGACGAACUCUACAUGGUCUUGAUCACCAACCUGCAAUCCAACAUUCUGCAAGACAUCAACACGUUGCACCUCUUCGCCCAGGUCGUCUCUUCGAUAUGCAAAUCUCUCGACGAGCGCGAGAUCCAGAAGAAUGCCUUUGAGCUUCUGACAGCCUUUGACGAGAUCGUCACGUUGGGAUACAGGGAGAACCUGACCAUGAGCCAGAUCAAGACCUUCUUGGAUAUGGAAUCGCAUGAGGAGCGUAUCCAAGAAAUCAUCGCACGGAAUAAGGAGCUCGAGGCUUCGGAAGAGCGCAAGCGCAGGGCCAAGCAGCUCGAGAUGCAGAGGAAGGAGAUGUCAAGAUCGCAGCGAGCAGGUAUGGGAGGCGGUAUGGGCAGUGGCAUGGGUAGCGGUAUGGGCGGUCGCUCGCCUUCGUAUCCCGCAUUCACGCCCAGCGUACCCACGACCAAUGUCGCGGAUACGUACGACAGUUAUGAGGCUGAGAAGAAGAAGGCUACUAGCAAGCCAUUGGCUCUGGGCAAGAAGGGCAUGCAGCUCGGCAAGAAGAACAAGACCAACAACAUGUACGAGCAAGUCACUGGCGAACAGGCGCCGGCCGAGGAGGAACCCCUUGUUGCACCCAAGCCAUCUGCCCCUGCCGCAGUCGCUCCAGCAAGCGCUCGCCAGUCCACCUCGACUGACCGCGAGGCCGUACACAUCACGACCAACGAGACCAUCUCCGCCCGGCUGGACCGCGAGGGUCUCCUCAAGUCCUUCGAAGUCAAGGGCGAGAUGCAACUCAAGAUUACCGACCCGUCCUUCACACAAGUCAAACUCGACCUGGCUACUGGCGACACUCGCGGCGCACAGUUGAUGACACAUCCCAAGGUCGACAAGACCGUCUUCAGAAACGACAAGGUCAUUCAGCUGGCCGAUACAAGCAAGGGUUUCCCCUCCAACAUGGGUAUUGGCGUCAUGAAGUGGAAGCUGGCACCACGGCCUGACGACAUCUCCGAUCCGCCCAUUACCUUUCGCGUUUGGGUCGAGGAUUCAGGCAACAUGUACAACAUCACCGUUGAGUACGAGCUCACUGGUGGUGACUCAUUGAAGGAUGUCACUGUCACUAUUCCAUACCAGACUGACGAGCCCAACGUUUCGAGUUUUGACGCUGUAUACGAGGUCAGCGGCGAUAGCAUUGAGUGGAACAUCGGUGCCGUAGACGAAGCGAACAACUCUGGUAGCUUCGAAUUUGAGGCACAAGCCGGCAGUGACUCAGAGUUCUUCCCCAUGAACGUUCGAUUCAGCAAGGCUACACCAUUUGUAGAUGUCGAUGUGUCUUCCGUAACUCUGCUUGCCAUGGGUCAGGACAUCAGCUUCUCCAAAGACGUCAAGUCUGUUGCCGAGAACUACACUAUCUCAUAA